GAGUUUGCCUCAUCCAUGGCGACCAUACUAGAAGCUCUGGUUCGAUCAUGUGCCAGUAAGUUGCAAGAUGUCAUUACCAACGAGGCCAUACUAAUCUUAGGGGUGGAAGAAGAGCUUGCAGAACUGCUGCGACGAGUUGAACUAAUUCAGUGUUGUAUAUAUGACGCUGAGAAAAGGAGGGCAAAAGAGCUAGCAGUAAGCAAUUGGCUUGGCCAACUGAGAGAUGUUAUAUAUGAUGUUGAUGAAAUCCUGGACGUGGCUAGAUGCAAAGGAAGCAAGCUACUGCCUGACCAUCCUUCAUGGUCAUCAAAUAAAUCAGCUGCAUCUAAUGGCCAUUCAGUUUUCUCUUGCUUUUGUAACAUCGGUCCACGUCGUGAUGUUGGUGUUCAGAUUAGAAGCCUCAACAAGAAGAUAGAGAACAUUUUGAAGGACAGCAUAUUCUUAACAUUCGACAGUGGUACACAAUCUACUGGAAGUGAUUCAACAUCUAAACUGAUAAGAAGCUCCAACCUUAUUGAGCCCAACCUUGUGGGAAAGGAAAUCAUACAUUCUAGCAGGAAGUUGGUGGACUUGGUGCUUGCAAACAAGGAAAAAAAAUCUCACAAACUCGCUAUUGUUGGAACCGGAGGAGUCGGUAAGACAACACUAGCUCAGAAAAUAUACAAUGACCAAAAAAUAAAAGGAAGCUUCAAGAUACACGCAUGGAUUUGUGUUUCACAAGACUACAACGAAGUUGCUCUUCUGAAAGAAGUUCUCCGCAAUAUUGGUGUCUAUCAUGAACAAGGUGAAACCAUUGGAGAACUGCAGAGAAAGCUUGCAGAAACAAUUAAAGGCAAGAGUUUCUUUCUCGUUCUAGAUGAUGUGUGGCAGUCCAAUAUAUGGACGGAUUUACUAAGAACUCCAUUACAUGCAACAACUGCUGGAGCAAUAUUGGUAACAACACGAGAUGUCCAAAUUGCAAUGACAAUAGGUGUGCAACAUAUCCAUCGAGUUGAUCUUAUGUCAGUAGAUGUGGGAUGGGAGCUACUUUGGAAGACCAUGGAUAUUGACGAAGAGAAAGAAGUGCAGAAUCUAAGAAACAUAGGGAUUGAGAUUGUCCGUAAAUGUGGUUGCCUCCCUCUUGCAAUCAAGGUUACUGCUAGUGUUUUGGCAAGCAGAGAUCGAACAGAAAAUGAGUGGAAAAAGAUUUUGAGCAAAUAUGCUUGCUCCGAGAGCAUGCUUUCUAAUGGAAUGGAGGGAGCUUUAUAUCUAAGCUACAAUGAGUUAUCGUAUCGUUUGAAGCAGUGCUUCCUUUAUUGUGCAUUGUAUAUUGAAGAUUAUGCCAUUCUCCGUCGUGUAAUUACCAGGUUAUGGAUUGCCGAAGGCUUUGUUGAGGAGCAACAAGACCAACUACUAGAAGACACAGCAGAAGAGUACUACUAUGAGCUAAUCCAUCGAAAUCUCCUCCAACCUGAUAACAAAUCUUUUGACCAGGCUGAAUGCAAAAUGCAUGACCUCUUAAGACAGUUUGCUUUAAACAUAUCAAAAGAAGAAUGUUUUAUUGGAGAUAUUGAAACAUUAAGGGGUGUGAAUAUGUCAAAACUACGACGAGUUACUGUUGUGAGUAAGAAAGAUAAAUUAGUGUUACCUAGAAUGAACAAGGUGGAAGCUAAGGUGAGGACGUUCUUUACUGUUCUUGGUCCCCGGAGCAUUGAGGAUACAUUGUUCAAGAGGUUUCUGCUUCUUCGUGUUUUGGUACUAAAUUACUCACUUGUACAGAGCAUUCCACAUCAUAUAGGAAAACUGAUACAUCUAAGGCUACUUGAUUUUGAUUAUACUGGCAUAUCCUGUCUUCCGGAAUCUAUCGGCUCCCUGAAGAACCUUCAAAUUUUGAGCUUGAAUUAUUGUGAUGUUCUGCACAGUCUUCCUUCAGCGAUGUCGCAGUUGUAUAGUUUAAGAUGUCUCAGUCUUCUUGAUACAAAAAUAAAUCAGGUUCCAAAAGGGAUAGGAAAAUUGAAGUUCCUCACUGAUGUGCGGGGAUUUCCAGUUGGAGAAGGAAGUAAUAAUGCUGAUGUACAAGAUGGAUGGAAGUUGGAAGAGUUGUCAUCCGCGUCGCUGCUGAGGUAUCUUACAUUGGUUAACUUGGAAAGAGCAGCUUGUUGUAGUACAAAUACAAUGUUGAUGGAUAAAAAGCAUCUAAAAGCACUAGUACUAGAGUGGACAUCAUAUUCAGAAGAUAUUGGAAAAACUGAGAAGGUGUUUGAGCAGCUAAUACCUCCAGCCAACUUGGAAACCCUAUAUAUUAUUGGGUUCUUUGGUCGGCGCUAUCCCAGCUGGUUUGGUAGCACCUGUUUGUCUUCACUGGUACACGCAAUCCUCAGAAAUCUACGAUGUGUGAGUCUUCCACCGAUUGGCCAGCUACCCAACUUGAAAUAUCUGAGGAUUGAGGAAGCAUAUGCAGUUACCAAGGUUGGACCUGAAUUCGUUGGUUGCACGACGGCCCACUCCAUAUGUAGUCAGUUGGUUGCUUUCCCUAAACUUGAAUGGUUAAUCAUCAGGGAUAUGCCCAACUGGGAGGAGUGGUCCUUUUUUAAAGAAAAAAUAGAAGCUGCUCUUAAUGAAAGGGGAGAGGAUGGAACUGCUGAGAUUCAGAAAGAGGAUGCCCCAUCUGCAAGGGUGCAACUGCUGCCUCGUUUGGUGAAGUUGAAACUUGAUGGUUGCCCAAAGUUGAGGGCUCUUCCGCUACAGCUUGGAGUGGACACUGCCGGAUUAAAGCACCUCGAACUAAUUGAAACAAACAACUUGAAGGCUGUGGAUGACCUCCCACUGCUCUCUGAGCUCCUUAUUAUUAAUAAAUGUGAAGGCCUGGAGAGACUCUCUAAUCUCCCUCAAGUGUCAGAGCUUCGUGUAAAUGGUUCUCCAAACUUAAGCCAUGUGGAUGGGUUAGACAGUUUGCGGCAGUUGUGGCUGGGUGAGGAUAUGGAAGAGAUCUCCCCUAGUUGGGUGCUUGGGCUUCAAAAGCAACACCAGCGGCUUCAUGACGAAGACCUGGAUGUUUACACGAUGUUUAGCAGCUAGAUG